AUGCUCAACGCACGAGAGCUUCAUGCGCCAUGUCCUACAGGGUCUGGUGCAAUUACGGUUGCCGAUGAAACACAACCGAUCGAGAACCGAGACAACCCCAAUCUACUUGACAAGCCCAAAGGGCAGAGUAAAUCUGAUGAUAUCGAACGAGGCAUCACACAGGCAGGGAACGGAAAAGAACAGGUCGACGAUCCUGCCACGUCAAAACCAUGGGCAGAGAACAGCGGUUCUGCUUUCAAGGCUCUGGGCUGGCUUGACAGGCUGCUGGCCCUUUGGAUAUUUCUUGCCAUGGCUUUCGGCAUCAUUCUGGGCAACUUCGUCCCGAACAUUGGUCCGGCUCUGCAGAAGGGAAAAUUCAACAAUGUGUCCGUUCCAAUUGCCAUCGGUCUACUCGUCAUGAUGUACCCAAUCCUAUGCAAAGUGCGUUACGAGUCGUUGCACCGUGUUCUCGCGCACCGCGAAAUCUGGAAGCAAAUUGCCUUUAGUGUAUUCGUCAAUUGGAUUGUGGCCCCGUUCCUUAUGCUUGGUCUGGCUUGGGCUUUCCUUCCAGACGAGGACGGAUUGCGAGAGGGUCUCAUCCUCGUCGGACUUGCAAGAUGCAUCGCUAUGGUCUUGAUAUGGAACGGACUGGCUGGCGGCGAUUCAGAAUACUGCGCUAUUCUUGUGGCGAUCAACUCGUUCCUUCAAAUGGUCCUCUACGCUCCAAUGGCUGUCUUCUUCCUAAGCAUAAUCAGUGGAGGGUCUGCAGCCCAGGGCAUAUCUUACACAACAGUCGCCACGAGCAUUGCCGUCUUCCUAGGCAUCCCCCUCGGCGCUGCAAUCAUGACCCGUUUCCUCGUCCGCAGGCUCGGCAGCUCGCGGUGGUACAACGAGGUGUUCAUGCAUUUUUUGUCUCCGUGGUCACUCAUCGGUCUCCUAUACACCAUCCUCGUCCUAUUUGCUUCUCAAGGCCGCCAGGUCGUACAGCAGAUCGUAUCGGUGGUCCGCGUUGCUGCGCCACUCAUCGUCUACUUCGUCAUCAUCUUCUUCUUGACUCUCUGGCUAUCGCGCCGCAUCGGCUUCGCCUACUCGCUCUCGGCGACACAGAGCUUUACAGCCGCUAGCAACAAUUUUGAGCUGGCCAUUGCCAUUGCGGUCGCGGCCUUUGGGCCGGAUAGCCAGCAGGCGCUUGCUUCGAGUGUGGGACCACUGAUCGAGGUCCCUAUGCUGAUCACACUUGUAUAUCUGGUCCGAUUGGUAUCGAGAAAGUGGCAAUUCAGGGCGUAA